AUGCCGCUCCUGCGAGGAGAAUUGUUCAACAGCCCCUCGACCCUCUUGGGCACAGCCUCCGGGGUGGUCCUCAUCCUCCUGGUCGCCUAUGUCUUGUACCAGCAAUUCCUUCACCCGCUGGCGGGCUAUCCAGGCCCGUUACUGGCAUCUCUUACAGACCUCUGGCAGGUUCAGCAGUACCUCACCUUGCAACAGCCAUACACCCUGACCCAACUCCACGAGAAGUAUGGCGAGUUCGUGCGUUAUGGGCCCGACAAGCUCAGCAUUACGGCGAAGGAGGCCGUACCCAUCAUCUACCAAAAGGGUGGCCGGCGAUUCCCCAAAACGGAGUUUUACGAUGCUUUCGGUGGCAAAACGCCCAAUGUCUUCGGAAUGAGAUCUGACGACCGCCAUGCCGUCCGUCGCCGUCACAUGUCGCACGGCUUCUCUAUCAGCAGCGUCAAGGAAAUGGAGCACUAUCUCGACGCCAACGUCAAGCUUCUGCGGCAUAAGAUCGCCGGCUUCGCGCGAGACCGGCGCCCCUUUGACCUCAAAAAGCUCUUCCACUACUACACCAUCGACGUCCUCGGCGAGCUCGCCUUCAGCCACUCCUUUGGCGUGCAGGUCUCGGGUAACGAGUCGCUGGUGCCGCGCGUUGUGCCGCACACGCUACUCGGCUCCGUCACGGGCGCCUGGCCGUUUAUGACCCAAAGGUUGAAGCGGUGGCUUCCCCUCGUGCCGCAUGCCGGACUGCAGGAUCUCUUCCGCAGCCGCGCUGAGGUCACGCGGCUGGCGUCCGAGUGCGUCGAGCGCCGCCUGGGACAGGUCAAAGAGCAGGGCGCGGGGCACAGGCCGGACAUCUUGACGAGACUAAUCCAAGCGGAGCAUCCCGAUACGGGCGAGCACUUGCCGAGGAUUGACCUCGAGGCCGAGGCGUUUGGGUUCCUCAUGCCGCUGGAGCGCCGCGUCACGGAGCCCGAGGGCGUGUUCAUCAGCGGCCGCCACAUCCAGCAGGGGAUGGUCGUCGCUGUCUGCAACCACGCUUUCCACCACAAUCCGCGCGUCUGGGGCGAUGACCAUGACGUCUUUGACCCUUCGCGCUGGGAUGACGACGCCACGGCCACCCGUGCUCGCUACCUGAUGCACUUCGGCCUCGGCUCCCGGCAGUGCAUCGGCAAGGCGCUGGCGCUGAGCAACGUUUACAAGCUCGCCGCCACGUUGCUGCGCGAGUUUGAGUUUGAAAUCGCGAACGCAGAGGAGCGGCAGGCGGCGGCCCGCGGUGGGUUCCGCGGGAAGCUGCCUGAGAUGAUCAGUGUUGGAGUCAGUGAUCUCAAGGGGCCGCUGAUGGUGACAGCCAAGGCUGCCGGACGUAACAAGAACAAAGACCUCAAGAGUAAAGAGUAUCGCCAUCUCAACAGUAAGAAAUACGCAUUCCUCAACACCCAAAAUGGCCAUGUUAUCGUGACUCUUAGCACAUCUCAAGAUGUGAUGGAUGGUUGCACCCCAGACUGUAAUAGGUCGCCCAACCAAGCAACACCAAGUCUUCCCUCAGAAAACCUUCGCCGCUCCUUCCUCAGUACUUUUGCAACAUAA